AUGAGUCGCCAAUCAAGCUUUCCUGUCGAUCUAUGUGAGAAGUGCGAUGAACAGCCCUGCGACGUCACUUGUUCUUGCAGUAACAAGUUCUGCGAGCCAUGUUUCCAGAACAAACACUUGAAGCGCCAUCCAACUCAUCGGCUGGGUGGAUCGAAACGUUCGACUGCCUUCUGGGCUAAGGUCUCCGGUAAGAACUUGGGAAUGAGUUCUCCAAGUCAGAGAGAUAAGUGCUUCAGGGACGAUGAAGCAUCCAAAUGGUUUGGCCUCCACACGGUGGUUAACCCCUCGGGAAGAGUAAAUACCAUCGUUGAGACCAAGAGAUUGUCCCUGCUCAUGGAACGGUCAAUGGAAUUCUAUGGAAACAGUCCCAAGCGCCAAUUUCCGAGCAUCACGUCGUUCAUAGGAGAAACAAACGCUGGGAAGUCCACUCUUGUUCGCUCUCUGAUUUUCCAAGCAAAAAAAGAGCUACUCGAUCGCUUUGGCGCUCCCGAAGCCCCCGUCCCUGCCGACGACAAUAUCGAAACAGCUGCUCUGUCUACAACCGGAGAAGUCAAUCUCUACCCGGAUCCCGCAACAUUUGGAAGUGACUGUCCAAGACUCUUUGCAGAUUGUGAGGGGCUAUUUGGCACGGAACCUGUGGCUUCAAAGCAUCAGACUGAGUGGACAAAACAUGGUAGGUGUUACCUGGUGAAGACCAAGGACGGAUCUGUGAUGGACAGGAGGACUGCCGUCAAAGAGCUCUACCCACGCUUCCUCUACAUCUUCAGCGAUGUCGUCUGUUAUGUGAUGCGCAAUCAAAAGGCAUGGGCAGACUCUGCCCUGAAGCUCUUGGAUUGGUCCAUGAUCGGAGCACAGAGCACUAUUAACCAGCAGUCGCUACCUGCUCUCAUCAUUGUUCUCAAUGGGCCAUUCAUUCAAAACAAAAACUGGCUAUCUGGUGAUGAAGAUGCAGUCACGUCCAGCUUUUUCUCAGCUAUCGAUCCUGAGAUCACGGAAAAUGCCAGAGUAAGGAAGCUAGCUGCUCUUCACGGAUCCUCGACAAUGAGACAGCUCUUCGAAAAGAGCUUCUCUAGUGUUCAUGUCCAUUACAUCCCUCAGGAAGGCUACGGGGAUCUGGGAACCACAGAGAUUAUGUGCCAGCAAUACUCGAAACUUGCGCACCGGGUAGAAUUCGAUUCUAUCCGUGUUCAGAAUCUCAGACAAAAGGCAUGGACCCGGUUCGAUGUCAGACAGUUGAACCUCGUCACGGAGUUUGCUUUCCAACACUUGGCUAGCGGCAAUUCUGCACCAUUCGACUUCGACAAGUGUAGGAAAGAACUCUCUAUUCCUGGAAGCCUGGAGGAGAACUUCUCAAGCUUUAUUCGGUAUGCCUUGGAAGACAACCCAGAGGAAAGACUUGAAUCCACGACAGGUGUCUUAGCAACGAGCAUUUUGCUGAACAGCCUUCGAGUUGAAGGGCGCAAGCUUAUUUCACAUCCUGACUUUGUAUUCAAUGGGGAUCUGAAGUCAAUCUGUAUGAAAGCUGUGGAUUCUUUCCUCAUUGUUUACAGACGUUGUGGGUUCGUCGAUCCACAGACUGGGGAUAGAUGUGUCAACCUCAGGUAUGGUCAUGCCUUGGGCCACCAGAGCAGGACUGGCGCUAUCCUGAGCGAUGGACCGUUUGUCCAAGGUGUCUUUGACAAAUCACUCUUCCUCGAACUGAUACACUCGACUCUCCGGAAAACGAUGGAGUCGAUCGAUGAAGCUAAAGCGCCCAGCAUGGUACGCCAAACAAGCUGGCGCACACUAGUCGCUGAGAGACACAAGGCGCAGCUUUCAGCCCUUCGUCAACUUCAGGGAUAUCCUCGGUGGGACUCGAAGUCCGAAAGAAUUGCAAACAACGACACGUUACCAAAGAUAUGUCUGGGAUGUCUAUUCGGCCGCGUUGAGUUCGUUUUACCGUGCUCUCACCAGCUUUGCGUCGACUGUUUAGAAGACUUCGAUUCAACAUCUGACGACUGCAAAUACCCAGGUAAUCACACUCAUAUCGAAUGUGUCAUUUGCAAAGCCUCCGGCGGACCGAAUUGGCCUUUCAACAUUCAGACACGGCCUCCCCUUUCAGGCCUACGAGUCCUCUCACUUGAUGGGGGUGGCGUUCGUGGAAUUGUCGAGCUCACGAUUCUCAAGCGUCUAGAGGAUUUUGUUGGUCUCGAUGUUCCGAUCGGGCGAUUCUUCGAUCUCAUGGUUGGCACCAGCGCUGGUAAGUAA